GGGCCGGGGCUCGGGGACGCGGAGGGCCGCAAGGGCGGGAGACAGGAUGUGGAUGCCUGGGGUACUUCCUGUGCCGGCUCCCUGCGCCCCCGCCCCGGCUUGGCCGCUUCCCGCACGGACGCACAGCACAGGAGGGGGGGCGAGCGAUCGGGGACCCGGCCCCACCGCGGGGCCCGCCCCCCCUCCCCCCCCACCGCCUCCGGGGCACCUGUGGCGGGAGAUCGUCCAGGACCUUUGUCACCCGGCUCCCACCUCCCACCGAGCCAACCUAGGCCCCUACUUUGGGCCCUGCUGCGCGCCGUGGGCCACCCGGACCAACCCUGAUCCCUGCUCUGUCUGGGUUUGGAACCCUGCCUCCCUUCCUUGUCCCUGCGCGAGAGUCUCCACCAACUUCUGCCUGGGAACUCCACUCUGCACCUUGUCUUGGCCCAGGGCGACCUCGGCAGCUCUGACAGCGAAGACCUCACAGAAUGCCCGUAAAGGGUUCUCCCGGGGGUGGUCAGAGUCUCCGUGGCUCAUUCUAGAUGGAGGUACCUCCGGGAGGAGCUGGCCUUCACCUUGUGGCCACUGGUGACCACACCUCCCCUAGCUCAGAGGCUGCUGCCGGCGGGAAAUGCGAUUCCAGCACAGCCUGCUCCGGGAGACCCUGGUGUGACCGCCCGGAUGGAGCUGGGUCCAGCAGCCCAGAACUUUAUGUUGGAGCGUCGCUAUUUUGAGGAGGGGGUUCCAGGGCCCAGCACCCUCUCAGGUGGCAGUGGUGGGAAUGAAAGCCAGGAGGAACAAGAGGUUCAGAAGGGGAGCAGCCAUCCACGGCAGCCAGUGCUUGAGGCCCCAGUCGGGGCCUGUUACUGUUCUGAGUCAGAGCAGGAGGAGCCACAGGACUUGCGAAUGCACCGAUUUAGGCGACAGCCAGAACUGGAAUAUCACAAGCAGUUGCAAGAGCAGCAACGUCGGCAUCAACUGUUAGGAUCCCAGCCAGAAUCGCCAUCGCCGCCGCCGCCGCCGCAGCAGCAGCAGCAAGAUGGGCAACAGCAGCUGUCUCUGUCACAGCAAGAUGAACAGGAAAACCCGUUCAUGCAGUACCAGCAACCAAAAUCACCACUGCAUAUGAUGCACCUGCGGAGACUGGCACAAGAGCAGCAUUUGUUGCUGCAGCAUCAUCAGACAAUGGAGCUUCCAAGCCAAGCACAACUGCUGUUUCAACAGCAGCAGGAACAGCUGCAUCAGCAGCAUCUCGCACAUCAUCAGUAUCUCAUGCAGCAGCAAUUAUAUGAACAUGCACCACAGCAGCAAGUGCUGCUACUGCCGCCGCUGGUACCGCACCCACAAGUGCUGGAACAUCUGCCAUUGCACUAUCCAAUGCAUGAGCAGCAACAGUCACAUCACCAGUUUCUCCAACAAGAGCACCUAUUGCAACAGCACAGGCAAUUGCUGCUGCAUCAUAUGCAAGAUCAAGUAUUGCACCACGUGCAAGAGCAACGGCUGUUGCAACAGCAACAUGAGCAAUUUCAGCACCAGCUGUUCCAACACCAGCAACUGUUGCAGCAUCAGGAACAGUUGCAACAUCAACAGUUGCAGCAGCAGGCAUUCUUGCAGCCACAGGGACAGCUACAGCACCAACUAUUGCUGCAGCAGCAACAGGCACUGCUGCAGCAGCAACAGGCACAAUUGCAACACCAACUAUUGCUGCAGCAGCAGGAACAGUUACAGCAGCAGCAAUUGUUGCAACAGCAGCAGGAACAAUUACAGAAGCAGCAACAAUUGUUGCAACAGCAGCAGGAACAGUUACAGAAGCAGCAGCAGCAACAACAGCAAGAGCAGCAACAACAGCAAGAGCAGGAACAGCAGCAGCAGCAAGAGCAGGAACAGCAGCAGCAGCAACAACAGCAACAGCAGCAGCAGCAACAACAGCAACAACAGCAAGAGCAGCAACAGCAGCAGCUGCAGCACCAGCAACAACAGCAAGAGCAGCAGCAGCAACAACAGCAAGAGCAGCAACAACAGCAGCAGCAGCAGCAACAACAGCAAGAGCAGCAACAACAGCAGCAGCAGCAGCAACAACAGCAAGAGCAGCAACAGCAGCAGCUGCAGCAGCAGCAACAACAGCAACAGCAGCAGCAGCAACAACAGCAAGAGCAGCAGCAGCAACAACAGCAACAGCAGCAACAACAGCAAGAGCAGCAACAGCAGCAAGAGCAGCAACAGCAGCAGCUGCAGCAGCCGCAACAACAGCAACAGCAGCAACAACAGCAAGAGCAGCAGCAACAACAACAGCAAGAGCAGCAGCAACAACAGCAACAGCAGCAGCAGCAGCAGCAACAACAGCAACAGCAGCAGCAACAGCAGCAACAGCAGCAGCAACAGCAGCAGCAGCAGCAACAACAGCAAGAGCAGCAACAGCAGCAGCUGCAGCAGCAACAACAGCAAGAGCAGCAGCAGCAACAACAGCAACAGCAGCAACAACAGCAAGAGCAGCAACAACAGCAAGAGCAGCAACAGCAGCAGCUGCAGCAGCCGCAACAACAGCAAGAGCAGCAACAACAGCAAGAGCAGCAACAGCAGCAGCUGCAGCAGCCACAACAACAGCAAGAGCAGCAGCAGCAGCAACAACAGCAAGAGCAGCAACAGCUGCAGCAGCAGCAGCAAGAGCAGCAACAGCAGCAGCCGCAGCAGCCGCAACAACAGCAAGAGCAGCAGCAGCAACAACAACAGCAACAGCAGCAACAGCAGCAGCAGCAACAACAGCAACAGCAGCAGCAACAGCAGCAACAGCAGCAGCAACAGCAGCAGCAGCAGCAACAACAGCAACAGCAGCAGCAGCAACAGCAGCAGCAGCAGCAGCAGUUGCAGCCUCCUUCAUCGCAGCCAGAGGAGGAGGAAGUGGAACUGGAGCUCAUGCCGGUGGACGUGGGGUCUGAGCCGGAGCUGGAGAGGCAGCAAGAGCUGGAGAGGCUGCAGGAACAGCGGCAGCUGCAGCUAAAAAUGCAGGAGCAGCUGCAUCAGUUGGAGCAGCAGCUGGAGCAGCAGCAGCAGCUGGAGCAAGAGGAGGUGCACCUGGAGCUGACCCCAGUGGACCUAGGUGCCCAGCAGCAGGAGAUACAGCUAGAGCUGACCUCUGUGCAGCCAGAGCUGCAGCUGGAGCUGGUGCCAGCUCCGGGAGGUGCAGUGCCAUCUCCAGCCACCGUAGUGGUGGCCCCUCCAGGUUAUGUGGUGCUGCAAGAGCUCAUGGUGCUGCCCGCUGUGGCCACAUCCACUGUGGUGGCCAUUCCGGGCCCCGCGGGGAGUGCGGCUCUGACUCCCGCCAGACAGAGGAGGAAGCGGCGAGCCCGGGACAGGCCAACCGUCUGCGGGGUAUGUGGCAAGAGUUUUAGCCGCAGCACGGACCUGGUACGACACCAGGCCACGCACACUGGGGAGAGGCCGUAUCUCUGCAGCGACUGCGGAAAGAGCUUCUCGCAGCAUUCCAACCUGGUGACCCACCAGCGCAUCCACACGGGGGAGAAGCCCUAUGCCUGCACCUACUGCUCCAAGCGCUUCAGCGAGAGCUCAGCGCUCGUGCAGCAUCAGCGCACCCACACCGGAGAGCGGCCCUAUGUCUGCAGCGACUGCGGCAAGAGCUUCAGCGUCUCCUCCAACCUGCUGCGCCACCGCCGCACCCACUCCAGUGAAUGCCCCUAUGUGUGCGAGGACUGCGGCGAGCGCUUCCGGCACAAGGUGGAGAUCCGCAGGCAUGAGCGGCAGCUGCAUGGGGCAGGACGCUCCCGAGGCUUGGGGGUCCUGCGGCCCUCCACAAGGGCCCAGCAGAACUCAGCAUCCGCGAAGCACUGAGAGGUGGUAGAGCCUCACACCUCACACACACCUCACCCCUAGUUCCUGGUCUUAACCCCAGUUCGAGGUCUUUCUGGGUAUCUUGAAUUAUCCUUAGGAAAGGAAGACUUCCAUCUUUUUUUCAGACCCUUCCAUCUCCUCCUAGCACCAAGUUUACAGAUUCACCCUCCCCACAAAACCAUCUCCAGGUGGGUGAGAGAGACUGUCCAACUUUGUCCUUUCCUGGGAAAAUAGGACUGAGAACUGGCUUGGUAGCAAACAACACCAUACAACCAAACACUAACCAGCAAAUGAAAUGUGUUGCGUAUGUGAGAACUGGGAAAGGAAUGGAGGAUCAUUUGAAUACUGAGAACCCAGAAAGCAGGGAGCUGAGGGUGGGGCUCAGCCUAGUGUAAAUUGCUUUCCUAGAGGAAAGCCCUGGGUAUCCUCGCCAGCAACAUACAAACCUUGUGUGUGGCUGCAUUGAUCCCAGCACUUGGGAGGUGGAGGCAGGAGGCUGGGGUUCCAGGUCAUUGUCAGGCACAUAGUGAGUUGGAGGAUAGCCUGGGUUACAUGAGACCCUACCUCAAGACAAAGCAAAACAAAUAAAUAAACAAAAAUCAAUCUUCAGGUUGUCACAGUGCAGUGAACUUGGUCAAGACGGCAAAUGGUCGUAACAGAAAUCUUGAAAAUAUUUGUCAGAAUGAAACUUGGAAGGGUGGAUGUAGUUCUGGUGCGGAUGCCUGCCCUGUGCUCACAGACAGGGUCACAGGGGCAGCCAGGUGAGUGUGCAAAUGAAAGCCCGGGGCCCUGCUCUGGGUAGAAGGCAGGGAGUCCAGACAACAGGCGUUAGAAACAGAUUCAGGGCCUCUGUUGGAAUGUCCCCAAGCCAUCUGUCCAUACUUACUGUCCCCUGGUGUAAGAGCCUUCGGCUGAAGCAGAUUUUCAAGAAGAGCUUGUAAAGAACUUCCAGGUAGCUCCCGCCUAGCCUACGCCACCUGGAUGCUACCUAGGUGGUCAGCACCAUAUGGCCCAAGAACCACAGUCUCCAAAGCCAAGCUAUAGGGAAGGGUGGCCAGAGGAGCCCCUAUCUCCUGGCUGGGGGUGUAGGGAAAGUGUUGGGGACAAAGACUUGGGGGGAAUCUCAGGAAAGCUGUAAGCCAUGCUUACCAAGUCACAUAGGGUAGGGUCUGUCUGAGCAGUGCGCAGUGUUGGAAGGUGUGCAUGUGGGGGAGGUCCUCCGCAGACCUCUCCCACUUCCUGCCCCACCCGGCCUCACUGCCCACCCUUGCUGCUUGGUUUCCGCCCUUUCUCUCCCCUCCCUGCAACUCCUUCAGUCACGC